UCCCAGUUUCAUCAUGAUGCGAUUGAUGGGAUUCUCAGCAGAACUAUUUUUUUUCUUACAAAAUCUGAGUAACAUAUAUAAACAGGGUGUUUACAUCAAAGCUAAUUAACGGAAUUAGUAUUAACACAGUGUUUUGUAAAGGCUGAGAAAACUGUUUUCCACUGCGUUAGCAAUCAAUGUCGUCUUUUUUUUUAUUACUGUUUAUUUAUCCACCGCUAUCGGUGCCGCGUACGGACAGUAAAAAAACUCCACUCCGGGUUUUAACUAGAGCAAAUCCUAGAUCAACCUUAACACAAAGUUGGUUUGAAAAGAACGGCCCGCCCCCCUUGUCAAACAUGUCCUUGUUAAAAAGACCAGUCUUGCCAACGGGCUUUUCAGACGCCUGGCGGAGCGCAGCGAUGAGUAGCGCUUAAUUUUCAAAUUUUAACUCAACCGACUGUCAACAAUAAGUGGUGGGAUUCAAAACUGGUUUUUCCGCAGAAAAGGGAAAAAGAAAAAGAGAGAGAGAAAAAAAAAAAAAAACACGUUACAGACCAGAACAUGGAUUUUCUAAAUCACAACUAUUUGAGCUCGCGCACCUCCUAUGAUUACACCUUUAAUUUUUGGAACGACUAUCUGGGUCUGUCCACGUUGGUGGCGCAAAACAAGAACAGCGCGCCGCAGAGUCCCAACUCGAUCACGGAGUCGCUGAAGGCCACGCUGGGUUUGGACGAUUCUUCCUGCUCCUGUGUGAUCGGGCUCGGUGGGGAGGGCGGUGGUCAUCUGGACUGCUGCUGCUGCCCCUCGGCGAGCCCACCACCACCACCACCACCGCCACCACCAUCUACCUCCACUGGCUCCAGGCUGGACUUGAAGGAGCGCUUCUCCAUAUUCCGUCCUUUCCAGAACCAAAGUACCAGCAGCGGCAGCAUCCCUCCCCAAGACAGGGACUCGGGCUCUGGAGGCACUUUGACUUUCCCUGGGUUCGAUCUCUUCGGCACGGAGAGGAAGGUGCGCAAGCUGACGACGAGGAGUAAACAGGAGCCGAAGAUUUGCGUCUUUUGUCGGAAUAACGGAGCCCCGGAGGAGGCGUUCGCCUCCCACGUCCUGAAGACGCCGGACGGGAGGGUAGUGUGUCCCAUCCUCAGAGCUUACACUUGUCCCCUGUGCAGUGCCAAUGGGGACAAUGCCCACACUAUAAAGUACUGCCCGCUUUCCAAAGAUCAGCCGGCGCAGCGACCACUGAAACUGAAAGGAGGGAGGGCGGUGGGUGGUAAGAGACUGAAAAUAUUCUGAGUAGUUCCUUAAAUAACGUCGACGUGAUUUAAAAAAAACGGCAUUCACUAAAUUGCACUGGAUAUUUAUUUAAUAAUAGAUGACUGUUCGGAUGGCGACAGCCCCCCCGUCAUAAACUUGCUGUAGUAUCAUUUAUCGAAUUGUCACGCCUUCGCAAACGCUCUUCCUAUAUGCAUAUUAUUUUUCCCGUUAAUUCUUUUCUUCGUGCGCGCGGCCGAACCGUACGCGGCGCGCGCGGCCGAGCGCUUGGGGCGCGCACACGCUGAGCGCAGUUCGCACAAACGGGCGCACGUUUUGUGAAUAAAAAGAUGGUUUAGUCUCCGAGGACCGCAGUUGCUUUUGACGCAAGAUGUGUAGACUUAGGUAGUUUUUUUUUUUUUUUUAAUGCUGUUCUAAUGAACCAAAGUUUAGUUAAACGCGUAUAAAUAAAUGAGUGUUUCCGAUAUGUAGAGCCUGGAGGCCGAUAUUGAAUCUGUCCGUUUUAAAAAAAAAAAUGUUUUUCACUCCCUCAUGUUUCCAUCAUGUUGCGAAAAACAAGUCCGUAACAUUAACUGGCCUUUAAAUAGGAAGAAAACGCGUGUUCUUUACCGCGUUUCUUGCCCCAGCCCCCCUAGGCUUUCUUAACGUUUUCCCUUUUAUUGCUUUGCCUUUUUUUCCCAAAUGAAAGGAAGCACACAAAGAGGUACUUGCCAUGUUUACAUAGCCAAGACUGGAUCUCCUUUGGGGUGUCGCGUUCGUGCUGUUUUCUACGGAUCAUUCCAUUCCAUGAGGUUUGAGGGAACCUUCUUAGCAUCACGACGCUUUGUGUGAACGUUAAUAAAGAGGCUGAGCGCACAACGCUCCUUCAUUCCGCUCAAUCCCAGCGCUCCAGUCCAGCGCACCUAAUAAAUGUCAAUAAAAGGCCUUUUUCCUCCCAACGAAACAAUGAUUCAAUGUAUUGUCCCUUUUCCCGCUGCAUCGUUUCGCAAACUUAAACCCAAAAAGAUUGUGAAUGUAUAGCCUAAGUGAAAUCUUGAACACGCUGCACAUUUCCAGUAGUUUUGUUUACCAAAGGAAUAGUUUUGCUGAAUGAGGAAAAUAAGGUAAUAGAUUUGCUGUAUUGUAUAUAAAAAGUGUGUGUUUUAUUCAGUAUUUUAACAUCAAUGGAUUUAAGAG